AUGGCCCCAAAAAAACACAAACAACCGGUGCAACCGAAACAGAUAUUCGUUGCUCUUCGUGAUGAUAAAACAUCUCGUUACCAUGUUGUUCCACGUGAUCAUUUAUCGUUCUCGAAAAAAGAUAAUCUCAAAGCAGGUUCUUGUGGAAGAUUUAAUGGAGGAAAUGAUCGAUCACGUCGUUUUCAAGGAACUGUUAUAGUUUGUGGUUCUAAGGAACAGUGUGAAAAAUACGUUUCAUUGGUUGAGAAAUCAAAUAGCAAUAAUAAUAAUCGUGACCAACCUGAAGAUGGUGAAUCAAACUCGCCAAGUGAAUUAGUUAUUGAUGAAAGUACCGAAAAAAACGAUGCUGCUGGUAAUGAGAGUGAGGAAUCCGAAGAUGAAAAUGUAAUUGUGAAAAAUCCAUCAAAAUCUCGACAAAAUGAUACUCAAACAAUCGAAAAUAAUAAUUCUGCUAUGUCUACUAUUACAACUUCGAGUAAUACUAACACUGCAUCAGGUGUAAAAGACACUACAGUUUCAUCAAAUCCAACUGUUUUACAAGAAAUAAAUAAUAAUACUGAUACAAUACCAAAAGAAAAAGAUGUUUCUAAUGAAUCAACGUCUACUACCAAGAAGGAAAAACGUUCAGCAGUUUCUAUUAUCGAAUAUGAGAAGCUCAAACUAGAAAACAAGCGAUUGAAAAAAGAAAACGAAAUGUAUAAAAACAAUUGGAUGCCGAGACCGACGGGUCCUACUGCAAGUUACUUUAUCGAUGUCGGAAAAAUUCUAUCUGGGGCAUCGAUCAAUAAUGAUGUCGAAGAAGACAAAGGGGAAAAAUUAUUGUCUAUUUGUCGUACAUUAGAAAUGACUGAAAAGCAGUUACUCUCAUGUGAACAUAAGACAGAUAUCACGAAGACCUGCCGCCAAAUUGCGAAAUUUAUUUAUCCGGAUCCCAAGGAACGCGCCGAAACAUUGGUUUCCAUAAUGUCGAGCGAAAAGUUAAAAGCUAUUCAAGAAUAUGCAAAAAUGGUUCAUCCAGCUCAAGCAAAAACUUCCAACUCAAUACUCAAUAAUGCUAUAGAAAAUGUUUUUGCCGCCGAAAAACGCAAGAUGGAAAUAGAAGAGGCUAUGAAAUCUACCGAAACCAAUGAAAUAAAUGAUAGUAUUGAAGACGAUGAAGAUGUACAAGAAUAA